AUGGACCAAUCAUUGAAAGGCAAAGUAGCAGUUAUCAGCGGUUCCGACAGCGGUAUAGGAGCUCAAAUUGCCCGCGAACUUUCCGCCGUGGGAGCAAUUGUAGUUAUCAAUUACCCGACAUCCGACCCCGCGCUCGUCGAACGUGCUUCCGCCGUGGUAGCAAGUCUUUCCACCCCUGGUCUAGCUGUCGAGGCAGACAUCUCGACCACUACCGGUCCACAACAUCUUAUCGACGAGGCUGUCAAGGUCUAUGGCAAGAUUGAUAUUUUGGUCAAUAAUGCCGGGCUUGCGGUCAAUCUUCCUUUCGAGGAACAGACACUGGAUCAUUGGGACAAACUUGUGAAUCUAAAUUGUAGAGGCACUUUCCUCCUUACUCAAGCCGCGUUACCCCAUCUCGCACCGCAAGACGCACGCAUUGUCAACAUCUGCUCAAUAUCAGCACGUGAUGGCCCUCCCAUGCAAACCAUCUACGCCGGUAGCAAAGGGAUGGUCGAUUCUUUCACUCGCGUUUGGGCCAAAGAACUUCCACCAAAGUACAACUGUACAGUGAACGCUGUUUCUCCGGGACCAACAAAGACGGAAGGUUUCCAGGCCGCCGGAGAAGAGAUGAUGAAGGUGUUGAGCCCUUUGAUAUCGAAGACGCCUGUGGGAGCGAGGUUUGCAGAGACGAGUGAGAUUGCUUAUGCAGUACUGAUGCUUUGUUUGCCGAGGGCAAGCUGGUUGAACGGUGUUCAUUUGGUUGCCAGUGGAGGGUUGUUCAUCAAUUGA